CUCCCCUUCCCGCGGCCACGAUCGGAGCCUGGCGGCCCGGGGUGGCCGCGCCGCGGGGGGGCGCAGCAUCUUCGCCCCGGGCCGGGCGACACGAGCGGCCCCGAGAGCCCGCGCUGGAACCAGGUGCCUGAGGACAGCUGAGAGGAUGUGACCCGCGCCCACCUGCCCACUCUGCCAGCGCCACCAUGCAGAAGCCCAGCGGCCUGAAGCCCCCAGGCCGAGGGGGCAAACACUCCAGUCCCAUGGGCAGGACAUCCACCGGCUCGGCCUCCGGCUCUGCCACAGUGGCAGCCACAGGCUCCAAGGAAGGUUCCCCCCUGCACAAGCAGGCAUCGGGCUCCCCAUCCUCCACGGCCACUGCCACCUCUGCCGCCCCCGAGAAGCCAGGCCCGAAAGCGGCGGAGGUGGGCGAUGACUUCCUGGGCGACUUUGUGGUCGGAGAGCGCGUGUGGGUGAACGGUGUGAAGCCAGGCGUGGUGCAGUAUCUGGGCGAGACACAGUUUGCGCCGGGCCAGUGGGCCGGGGUGGUGCUGGAUGAGCCAGUGGGCAAGAACGAUGGCGCGGUGGGCGGCGUGCGCUACUUCGAGUGCCCGGCGCUGCAGGGCAUCUUCACACGGCCGUCCAAGCUCACCCGGCAGCCGGCAGCCGAGGGCUCGGGCAGCGACACCCACUCGGUGGAGUCCCUCACGGCCCAGAACCUGUCGCUACACUCGGGCACAGCUACGCCCCCACUGGCCAGCCGCGUACUCCCGCUGCGGGACAGCGUGCUCGGCAGCGCCGUGAAGACCGGCAACGAGUCGGGCUCUAACCUCUCCGACAGCGGCUCUGUGAAGCGGGGUGACAAGGACCUGCGCCUGGGAGACCGAGUGCUGGUGGGUGGCACAAAAACUGGCGUGGUGCGGUAUGUGGGAGAGACGGACUUCGCAAAGGGCGAGUGGUGCGGUGUGGAGCUGGACGAACCCCUGGGGAAGAACGAUGGGGCGGUGGCAGGGACCAGGUACUUCCAGUGCCCACCCAAGUUUGGUCUCUUCGCGCCCAUCCACAAGGUGAUCCGCAUUGGCUUCCCGUCCACCAGCCCGGCCAAGGCCAAGAAGACCAAGCGCAUGGCCAUGGGCGUCUCUGCGCUCACCCACAGUCCCAGCAGCUCCUCCAUCAGCUCGGUCAGCUCCGUGGCCUCCUCGGUGGGUGGCCGGCCCAGCCGCAGUGGCCUGCUCACAGAGACGUCCUCGCGCUACGCCCGCAAGAUCUCGGGCACCACGGCCCUGCAGGAGGCACUGAAGGAGAAGCAGCAGCACAUCGAGCAGCUGCUGGCCGAGCGCGACCUGGAGCGGGCCGAGGUGGCCAAGGCCACCAGCCACAUCUGUGAGGUGGAGAAGGAGAUUGCACUGCUCAAAGCGCAGCACGAGCAGUAUGUUGCAGAGGCGGAGGAAAAGCUGCAGCGGGCGCGGCUGCUGGUGGACAGCGUGCGCAAGGAGAAGGUGGAUUUGUCCAACCAGCUGGAGGAGGAACGCAGGAAGGUGGAGGACCUGCAGUUCCGCGUGGAGGAGGAGUCCAUCACCAAGGGAGACCUGGAGACCCAGACGCAGCUGGAGCAUGCGCGCAUUGGGGAGCUGGAGCAGAGCCUGCUACUGGAGAAGGCGCAGGCGGAGCGGCUGCUCCGGGAAUUGGCGGACAACAGGCUGACCACAGUGGCGGAGAAGUCUCGAGUGCUGCAGCUGGAGGAGGAGCUGAGCCUGCGGCGUGGCGAAAUCGAGCAGCUGCAGCAGUGCCUGCUGCAUGCCGGGCCCCCGCCCUCCGAUGACCCCGAGGCUGCCCAGGCACAGCGGCUGCGGGAGCGGCUGCUGUCUGCCUCCCAGGAGCAGCGGCGAGAGAGCGGAGCGCUGCGAGACAAGUACGAGGCAGCCCUGAAGGCCUACCAGGCCGAGGUGGACAAGCUGCGCGCUGCCAAUGACAAGUAUGCGCAGGAGGUGGCCGACCUCAAGGCCAAGGUGCAGCAGGCCACCAGUGAGAAUAUGGGCCUCAUGGACAACUGGAAGACCAAGCUGGACUCGCUGGCCUCCGACCACCAGAAGUCCCUGGAGGACCUGAAGGCCACCCUGAACUCGGGCCCCGGCGCCCAGCAGAAGGAGAUUGGUGAGCUCAAGGCUGUCCUGGAGGGCAUCAAGAUGGAGCACCAGCUGGAGCUGGGCAACCUGCAGGCCAAGCACGACCUGGAGACGGCCGUGCACACCAAGGAGAAGGAGGGCCUGCGGCAGAAGCUGCAGGAGGUGCAAGAAGAGCUGGCGGGGCUGCGGCAGCACUGGUGCGCCCAGCUCGAGGCCCAGGCCGCCCAGCACCGGCUGGAGCUGCAGGAGGCCCGCGACGGGCGCCGUGACGCCGAGCUGCGCGCACAGGAGCUGGAGGGGCUGGAUGUGGAGUACCGAGGCCAGGCGCAGGCCAUCGAGUUCCUCAAGGAGCAGAUCGCACUGGCCGAGCGGAAGAUGCUGGACUACGAGCGGCUGCAGCGCGCCGAGGCCCAGAGCAAGCAGGAGGCCGAGCGGCUGCGGGAGAAGCUCCUGGUCGCUGAGAACAGACUCCAGGCCGCCGAGGCCCAGUGCUCAGCUCCGCACAGCCACGGUCCCCCACACAUUGGUCCCCCAAUUAAGAGUGUUGAUGGCUUCCCUCCUCCAGGCCUGCAGGACAAGCUGAACAAGAGGGACAAAGAGGUGACAGCCUUGACAUCCCAGACGGAGGUGCUCAGGGCCCAAGUAAGUGCACUGGAGAGCAAGUGCAAGUCUGGGGAGAAGAAGGUGGAGGCCCUGCUGAAGGAGAAGCGGCGCCUGGAGGCCGAGCUGGAGGCCGUGUCCCGCAGGACUCACGAUGCCUCUGGGCAGCUGCUGCUGAUCAGCCAGGAGCUACUGCGCAAGGAGCGGAGCCUGAACGAGCUGCGUGUACUGCUGUUGGAGUCCACUCGACACGCGCAGGGGCCGGAGCGCGAGCUGAGCCGCGAGGUGCACAAGGCUGAGUGGCGGCUCAAGGAACAGAAGCUUAAGGACGACAUCCGGGGCCUGCGUGAGAAGCUGACUGGGCUGGACAAGGAGAAGGACAAGGGCCCGGAGCAGCGGCGCUACUCGCUCAUCGACCCCGCGGCGGCGCCCGAGCUGCAGCGGCUGCAGCGUCAGCUGGCGGGCACGGAGGACGCGCUGCGGGCCUCGCUGGAGCAGGCGCAGCGCGUGGAGGCUCUGGUGGAGGCGCUGCGGGGUGGCGGGGCUCAGACCGCGGGCAGCUCCGCCUCCGCCAACGGCAUCCACCUGCAGGACAAGGCCCACAAGCAAGAGGACAAGCACUGACCCCGGGGACCCUGUGGAGCUGCCGUUCACACCAGAGCCCCGCCAGGCUGCUUGGCGGCGCCCCCUCGAGGCAGGGACGAGGACUGUCGCUUUGGAGACUGCUGCAGUAAUGAGCUCACCCUGCGGGCCACGGCCCUUCCAGAGCCCCGCUGGACCUGGAGGCUUCCUCAGGGAGGGGUACGGCGGCCUGCCUGAGGACCCUGCUAGGGACUGUACCCUGGCCUGGGCCUCCUUCUCUGCAGCCAGCUGCACUGGGGUCGCCCAAGUGGGCGGUACCCCUUCCCCUCCCUCCUUUCCCAGGUCCGCUGCAGAUCCCGGGACCGGGACCAGAACAGAGCCAGGGUCCCCUGCAGUCCUCAGCGGCCCCCAGACUAAGCCUCAUCCACACAGCGGUACAAGUCACCCUCGCCUGCGGCCCGGGCCCGGGACAGCCAGGCUCCGAGGUGCAGGGGACUUAGGCCUUGAGCCCCCCACCAUGCCCCCCUCCCACAGCCGCAGUCGCUGGCCCGAGGGUGACAGGCUCGACCUGGACUGCGUUCCCUGGGGUGAGAAGGUGACUCAGGACCCGGGCACACAGGCAACUCCGGGACGGCAGGAGCUUGUCCCAAGUCCUCGGCAGGUGGAGCCCUGCAGGGCGCUCUGUGGCUUGGGGACUCCGGGAGUGAGGGCACAGGUGCGCCCGCAGCAGCAGCAGCAGCAACCCAGGUGGUGCCAUGAGCGGCACCAGGACUCAGGUGCAGCCCCACCUGCGCCUGCCUGCCCUCCCCCACACCAACGUCAGCAUUGCUCGCUUGCCGGUCUAUUAACAGCAAUCUAGAAGUCGCUUAGUGGCCUCACCUAGCACCGCCCCUCCUGGGCGCUGAGGCCAGUGCACCGCCCAGGGCCCCACAGCGGGCCCGGGGCAGCGGGGGCACAGGAAGCCAUUUCCCCAGCAGCAGCAUCUGCCGCGUGGGCGGCCUGCCCUCCCCCAUCCCUCCCUCCCCCCAGUGGAAUUGUGGAAGUGUGGCCAGUCAGUGCUCGGGACAAUAAAGCUUGUGACAGGUGCGGGA